AUGGUCAACGGGAACCAGUCGUGUGUUCUUGGGAAAGAUGUUAAUUCAUCCUACAAUCCACCCAUAAUUAUUAUAACUUGUAUCCUCGGAUUCAUUGGAAAUGCGAUUGCUUUAUGGACCUUUAUUUUUCAUGUUAAAUGCUGGAAACCAAACACAGUUUAUUCACUGAAUCUGGCGAUUGCAGACACCCUGUUAAUCAGCUGUUUACCAUUUCGAGCAGUUUACUUUGUACGGAAGAAGAACUGGAUCUUUGGUGAAGAACCUUGCCGCCUGAAUAUUUUUUUGAUCUCCUUACACCGUGUGGGGAGCAUCAUGUUUCUGACAGUUAUGGCGAUUGAUCGCUAUUUUAAAGUGGUCCAGCCUCACCACCGAGUGAACAAGAUACAUACAAGCAGUGCAGUGAAGUUAACAGGCAUCUUGUGGAUUCUGACAAUGAUAGCUUGUUCCCAUUUUUUAGCAGAGUCUCACAGCUUCCUGGUCAACAAUCUGACAUACUGUGAGCCCUUUGACAUGUCCAAGUCUCUAAAUCCUACAACAAUUUGGACCUAUGUUCUUUUUGUAGUUUUCAUGUUUGCUUUUCCAGCUUCAGUUAUCCUGUUCUCCACGACGAGUAUCAUCAGGAAGUUAAAGCGGAUGGAAACUGAAUCGAUUGGUAAAUAUAAGCGAGCUGUAAAGCUUGUGAUAGCUGUGGCUGCAGUUUUUAUAGUUUGUUUCUUGCCCACAAACAUUGCUGUAAUCGCUGUUUUAAUUACAAAGCAUUUGAGCACUUGCGAGUCAUUUGAAAUUGCUGUUCAGAUAUUUUAUAAUACUCUGUGCAUAACCUACCUGAACAGUGUGCUCGAUCCCAUUAUUUACUACUUUUCAAGUUCAAUCUUUAAAGAUGCUUUGGAGAAAGCUCUUGUUCCUUUUAAUUUAAGGUGUUUCAAGUUGGGAACAAGCCAUGCAACCCCAAUAGAGGCAGAAGGCAAACGACGUGUUGAACCUCUGAGGUUGUCAUCAAUCGGCAAUAUCUGUGAUCAAUUACAAACGGAGUCGACAGACAUUAAUGAACUUCGUACUAAUUAA